AUGGCUGGCACCAAUGAUAUCAGACUUCCUCCAAAAUGGAUCGAGCUGAAUAUUACGAAGCGUGAAUGCAGUUCCUACAUUGCUACCGUGGAGGACGAAAAUAUAUGCCAAUGUGGAAAUCCAAAAAAUUACCACGCUAACGUGAAGCAUUUGCAUCGCUUGGACUCCAUCUGGACACCUGCCCACAACACAAGUUCUUUUCCAACGGAUGCUUUUGGUAGUGUAAUAUUUGAAGGGGAACAUCAUCCAAAUAAGGCACAUUUUGUAAGAGUAGGCUAUGACACAAGUCCAGAAUUGGCUAUACAGCUUAUGACGAUGGUGUGGGGUCUUCCCAUGCCCAAACUGUUAAUUACAAUUCAAGGAAGUUCGACAAACUUUCACCUCUCAGAUCGUCUAGGGAAAGCUCUGCAAGUGGGACUAGUUCGGGCUGCCAAAUCAUGCAACGCUUGGAUUUUUACAUCCGGACUAAAUGAUGGUGUUGCUAAACAUAUUGGAAUGGCACUGCAUUACGAGAGGAAUACCACUUUCAAAAAGGGAACAAGAGUUGUGACGGUGGGUAUCGCUCCAUGGGGUCUGGUCGAACAUCGUGAGGAGCUUCUGGUCAAGAACAAGGACAAAGUGUACAAUCCGCUAGAACAUGCCCAGUCGAAAUUUAAAUGCCUCAAUCCAAAGCACAAUAAUUUUCUGCUGGUUGAUAAUGGAAGUAUUGGCAAAAUUGGAGGAGAAACAUAUUUUCGCCGAAGGUUAGAAAAAUGCAUCUCCCGUCAUCCUACAGGACCUAGUCGAGGGUGUGAUAUUCCUGUCGUUUGCAUUGUCAUUGAAGGCGGUUUAUUUACUUUACGAUCAAUUGGCGAUUAUCUUCAUGAUGAUCCUCCAACUCCCGUCGUCGUUUUUGCCGGAUCUGGCAGGACUGCUGAUUUUAUAUCGUGGAUUUUAAAAAGACUUCAACAACUUCCUGCAGAAACAGACAUUGGAGUCUUAAGGGAGGAAAUUUACGCUCAAAUGAUGCGUAUUUAUCACGUAAAUGCAUUACAAUGCGUCGUCCUGUUUGCGGAAGUGAGAAGAAUUAUUGAAAAGAAAAAUCUUGUGACCAUUUACAACUUGCAUUUGACUGAUGAACCUUUCGACACGGUGAUUCUCGGUUCAAUAUUUCGGUCUCAGCACUUUACACCUUUACAACAAUUGUUCUUAACCUUAGUUUGGGAUAGGGUGGACAUAGCCCAAUCGGAAGUGUUUGUAUAUGGUCGAGAGUGGUCUGCAGAACACUUGGAAGUGGCCAUGAUGGAGGCAUUAGUGUUCAAUCGCCUCGAGUUUGUGAGCCUGUUGCUCGAGCAUGGCGUAAACAUGCAGCGAUUCCUGACUGUGACCAGGCUGGAAAUACUUUACAAUACGGAACACUCUCGCGUUCUCAAACUCUUGGUUGCUGAAUUGGCGAAACUCAAAUCCCGCAAGACAGGUCCAAUCGACAGCAGACUGGAAGAAAUUAAAUUUACAAUUCACGAUAUUGGCGUCGCGAUUAGCCACGCAAUGGGACACAUUUACAAGUCCAGCUAUAUUCACAUGAUGUCCAACGCAAUGACCACUAUGUCCAAUUUGGGCUUAAACUAUGCUGGCGAGAAUACGGAAGCGAAAAAGGAAGUGAGUUUAGCUCAUCCCUUCGACGAUCUGUUUGUCUGGGCCGUUCUUUCUAAACGACACGCGUUAGCUCUCCUGCUCUGGCGUCACGGACAAGGCGGUUUGACCAAGUCCCUGAUUGCCAUAAAAUUAAACAAGUUUAUUUCGGAACAACUUGUAGAGAAAUCAAACCCAAAUCUUGCUGUCGAUUUUCAAAACUACGCUACAGAUUGGGAAAAUAUUUCUUUUGAACUUGUGGAUUCAUGCUUCAAACAAGAUCAAAAACUAUCGAGACAGCUGCUUACGAUGGAGCUGGAACGGUGGAGCAAGAUGACAAACCUUCAGUUAGCAGUGAUUGGAAAUCACAAGUCAUUAUUAGGUCAUCCAUCUUGUCAAGUACUUCUGUGUGAUCUGUGGAUGGGGGCUCUGAAUAUCAAAUCCUACUCAACUCUCAAAGUUGUGGGUGGAAUUUUCUUUCCCUUUAUUAUAUUUUUUCUGGAAUUCAAAUCUACUGAAGAGCUCAAGUUGCUGCCACACCAAGAUAAACCACUCAACCCCACGCAUAGCCGUAUCAUGGAUGAUUUUGUUGAUGACGACAUGAGUGAUGGCACAAGUCUUAUGACGUAUGAAUCCAAAUCGAAAAGCACAUUUGUUGGAAAUGUUUUCCACAGACAUCGACACGAAACGUCUACCAAGCCUGAUGAAAAUAUGCGCGUUUCGAAACACAUGGACCAUGCAACCCAUCACCCUGACUCUAUCAAGCAUUUUGCGUUAAUAGAAAAACACGAAAACAUGACCGAUUCCCACGUCGUGAUUCAGACUGAUAAUGUGAGGUCCAUUUUUCCAACGGAAAUAAAAAGUGCUCCCUCUUUUCCAAAGAUACCAGGACGCCAACGCCAGCGUUCCAGCUUCGUUACCACCCAGCAAUCUCUCUCAUACUUCCGAAAAUUUUAUGAAUUUCAACGAGCUCCAAUCACAAAUUUUUAUCGGCAUGCGUUUGCGUACUUGAUAUUUGUGAUUUUACUCGGUUACCUAAUUCUCGUUCCACAAGAUCCGAAACGUUUGCAUUUCGUAGAAAUAUAUAUCGUCGCAUACCUGAUUUCCUUAGGUCUAGAAGUUUGUCGCGAGUUUCUACUAAUUGAUGCACUCAACUACGCUCAGAAACUUAUAGAGUUCAGAUCCCACAUUUGGCAAAUUACUGACUUUGUUGGAGUCUCCUUUUUCAUGGUCGGAGUUUGCCUCCGGCAUACCUAUUAUUUUGAACACGGUAUUUUGAUUUACCGUGUAUCAAGUAUAUACUGGAAUAUCAGAUGUUUAAAAGAUAGAGAAUCCGUGUCGGAUUCUCUAUCUCCCCAGUGCGGAGAAGGUGAAUUAGUAAAGUGCCCUGUGGGUUAUUGGAUUAUACCGUUGAUCUGGGCCGUGUAUAUGAUGGUCGCCAACAUCUUAAUCGUCAACGUUUUAAUCGCCGUAUUCAAUGGGGUGUACGCUGAAGUAGACGCAAUGUCACUAGAGGUUUGGCUAUUUCAACGCUUCAACUUUGUAAUGGAAGUGGAAGGGAAACAUCUGCUGCCCCCACCGCUCAUGAUCAUUUCUCAUUUGUACGAAAUACUGAUCUGGCUUUAUCGGAAAAUCAAAUCCUGCCUGUGCGAACAGGAGCUGGAGACUCAACUUGAUGAGGAAGAUGGACCAAAAAUAAUAUUAGGAAAUGAUCACAGACUUAAAACCUAUUUGACACCUGCAGAAUUCAAUAUUGUUUCCGAAUUUGAAGAGGACAACGUGGCCAUGUUUAGCAACAGAUCCACGUUCGGAAUGUUCUCUGAUGAUGAAAAUGGGAGCUUUGCUCUGAAAGGGCUUCAACGACUUGAUCCCAGAUUGACUAUGGACACAUUUAAAGAUCGCCAAGUUCAACAAUUGAGGCAAAAUUUCCAAGAACUUUCGUCCGAGCUGGAAUCCCAUCGUGAGAAAUUAGAUCGACUGCUAUCCUAUUGGGAGGAGGAGUUAGAACAGGACAAUCAAGAUCCCGAUAGCUUAGAUACCUCUGAAACAACUUCUAGGACUUCCAGAACCUAUGUCCGACGAACUCGUACAGCAACUUUACCAGGAUCCAUAGAAAAGAAGACAAGAAGCUAGCGUAUGGGUUGAGCAGAUACGCAUGUGAAUAUGUGCACAUAUAAAAUAAAUGUAAUCAUCAGUGAUCAUACGUAUGUAAAUAUGCAAUGCAAUAAUAAAAAAACAAAUUACAUAUGCUUAUUGAUUUGCAUGUUUAAUUAACGCCUUUCACAACAAUUGACACAUUCUGACUGUAUAAUUCUAUGCUAGUUAGCUAUAUUUUCUUGUAAACAUAUUUCAUUAGUUUAUGCUACUUUAGUAAGUUUUAUUAUCAGAGGAA